AUGGCCUACACUCUGUACGACGCCUCCGUCCCCCUCCUCCUUGCGGGUCUUAACUCGCUCCUUAACAUCAUCACCAAGGCCGAGGAGUACGCCAAGGAAAAGUCCAUUGACGCCAAGGAGAUUCUCGACUGGAAGCUGGCGGAUGACAUGCUGCCCUUCAGCUUCCAGUUCUUCGUCGCGGCCGACUGCGCCAUCAAGAUCGUCGCCCGCGUUCAGGGCACAGAGCCCGAGGCCCUGGGCAGGGAGUUCGCCAGCCUCGACGACCUGCGCCAGCGCGUCGAGCACACCAUUGCCAUCGUCAAGGCCGCCGACCCCAAGACAUUCGAGGCUCGCACCGAUGCCCUCGUGCCCCUUGGACUCGGCUUCGGCAAGGGCGAGGUGCAGAUCAAGGCCCGCGACUACCUGGUCGCCUACGGAAUGCCCAACUUCUUCUUCCACAUUUCCACGGCCUAUGGCAUCCUCCGCGCCAAGGGCGUUCAGAUCGGCAAGGGCGACUACCUCACUCCCUUUUCGGCUCCUAUCACGCAGCAACAGUAA